AUGUAAUAGGAAAUUUAUGGUUGUACUCUAAUUCAUUAAUCUAAAUAUAAAGAAAAAGGCAAUUUGUAUGUAGGAGGAAUAAAAUCACUUGAAUAUAUUUAGAAGCAUAAAUUUGGUGCAAUUAUCUCUGCAAUUGAAAAAUUAGAUAAAAAGAUUCCAGAUUAUGUACAUCAUCUCAGAAUUGUAGCUUAUGAUGAACCAAAUUAUAAUUUAUUUGAACAUUUUUAAUAAACAAAUUCGUUUAUUAAACAUCAUCUUGAAUCAACUAAUGUUCUUGUUCAUUGUUAAGUAGGUGUUUCAAGAUCUGUCUCUAUACUUAUUGCAUUUUUUAUUAAAGAACUACAUAUGAGUCCAGAUGUUGCAUUAUAAUACAUAAAAGACAAAAGAGACUUUGUUUAUCCAAAUGAAGGAUUUUAACAUUAACUUCAAUUAUAUUAUGAAAAAUGUCAAGAAAAUAAUAAAAUUGAUUGA